AUGGAAUGCCCUUUGCAAGCAGAGACUGCUAGCGCCUCCGCUCCGGUUGUCCAGGACUCUGCAGCAACGGAGGAUGUUCGGAUGCCAGCCAGUGACAAAUUCCUUGACGACAGCACUGCACAGGAGGUUUCAUCUGGACACUGCGAAGAAGGACGUGCUUCCAGCAAAUCCGGAGCGAGUGCCAGCCUUCGCAAUGGCGCCGCGCAGUUGCAGGUGCAAGAUUGCGCUUCGCAAGCAGAGGCUGAUGCCAAUGAAGGGGCCGAAGCCUUUUUGAGCGAGUUUGCCAACCAGGCACAGCCGGCUCCCCCAGCUGAGGUCGCAGGGGCGUCGUCAGAAACAGUCUCCUUCGAGCACCUUCAGGAAGAUUUGUCUGCCGAGGUGAACGACCGCCAACUGGAGCAGCUCUUUGGCUUGCUUCGUUGCAGUCACUACAAGACAAAGCCGUCUGAUUUGCGUUGCUUUCUCGAGACACCGAACGUUCGCUGGUAUGUUCUGCGCCACAACUCGCAUGUCGUCGGUUUGGGUAUCGUCGGCAUCGAAGAACCCAUUCUGAACGCGCGUACUGCUGAAGCUGUCUAUCUUCGGCAGAUGAAGGUGCCGCCUCAACUGAUGGCACAGACCAUCGCCUCCGAGGCUGGCUUCAGCGAAGGAGUAAGCUAUCGUUUUGCGCGUGUCAUGCGGCUUUGCGUUCACCCUGCUGUGCAGCGACGGGGUUUGGGAAGCCAUCUGCUGCGACAGAUGAUGCAGGAGCUCCGUGAAGAGGAUGUUGAUGCUGUGGGGGCUAUGUUCGGACUCACACCCUGGCUGUUGCAGCUGUGGAUGCGGGAGCAGACAAGGCUAGUUUGGGUGGCUCACGGAAGUGAUCCCAGCAGUGGUCACCACAGUGCCACUGUUCUGUCCGCUGUCAGUAGCCGGUGUGACGAUCUCAUAGAUCGACUCCAGGCACGCUUGGCCUUGCAGCUUCCAGAUCUGCUCCGUGACCCAUUGCGUGAGUUGGACGCGAACACGCUUUCUGGAAUUCUCGCUGCUUUGCCGGCUCCUUCCCCGGGGCAGGAUGCGCAGGAUCUGGCGGAUGUUCGGAGCUACGCCUGGGGAUCGCGCAACCUGUCCUGUUGCCGCUAUGCCCUUGUGAGGGCAAGUCUCGAUGCUUUGCGAUCUUCAUUCAGGCUUUCGGAACGCCACAGCCGGGUUCUAAUGGACAUGCUUCAGGGACGCGAGGUCAAUGAGUCCAUCCUGCGGCAGGCUGUUCGCCAGCUGCCUUGGUUGACUUCAGACCUGGCUGAGGAGAAAACGGUGAACCUGGUAGCUCUUAGACUCCUGAAGUACAGGCCCAACCGAAUGAGCUCAGUGCACAAGUUUUCAGAUGAACAUACGGGCAAAGCAGCCCUGGAGGGGGAUGAUGAUGGUGAUGAUGAUGAUGCUGGUGAUGAUGCUGGUGAUGGUGAUGACGAUGAUGGUCAUGACGGUGAUGACCAUGGUGAUGAUGACCACGACGGCCUCGGUUUUCAUGUUGUGAGACACGAGCAGACUGACAUCAUGUUUUUCGUUUUUGUGCUGCAGCUUCUCAAUAUUUGUGUGCGGUACCUGCCCUUCGGCGAGUCUACUUUUCUAAGCGAGCAGAUCCUUCGCAACAGGCCUCGGCUGAGGCAGGAGGGAGAAUUUCGACGACUCGGCAGGGCUGUAAGAUUUGAAGCACAGCAGCCAGCUGAUUGA